AUGUCUGGGAGUUACAGAAUGUGUGGGUGUUUCACUAGGAAGUUCAAAGUCACAAAGGCUGGCCCACCUCCGGAUGUCAUGGAAGCUUUCCACAAGUUCACCGACGGAGGGACCCACAUGUCGGCGGAGCAACUGUGGCGCUACUUGGUGGAAGUUCAAGGAGAUGGCGGCGCCUCCAUUUCUGACGCCCAGAAGAUAGUGGAGCAGGUUUUGCAACAGAUGCAUCAUAUUGCUAAGUUUACUAGGCAUACUCUCACUCUUGAUGACUUUCACCAUUAUCUGUUCUCUGCUGAUCUCAAUCCCCCUAUUGGAGAUCAGGUUCAUCAGGAUAUGACCAAACCACUGUCCCAUUAUUUCAUAUAUACUGGCCACAAUUCCUACCUAACGGGAAACCAACUCAGCAGUAAUUGCAGUGAUGUCCCGAUUAUAAACUCUUUGAAAAGAGGUGUAAGAGUGAUAGAGCUUGACAUAUGGCCAAAUUCUACCAAAGAUGAUGUUGAUGUUCUACAUGGAAGGACCCUGACUUCUCCAGUGGAGCUCAUUAAAUGUUUGAAAUCCAUAAAAGAAUAUGCCUUUUCAUCCUCCCCAUAUCCAGUCAUAAUAACUCUUGAAGAUCACCUUACCCCAGGCCUUCAAUUCAAAGUAGCUAAGAUGAUCACUGAAACAUUUGGAGACAUGCUGUUUUGUCCUGAAUGUGAAUGUUUAGAAGAGUUCCCUUCUCCAGAAGAGUUGAAGUAUCGAAUAAUUAUUUCAACAAAACCCCCAAAGGAGUAUCUUAAAGCUAAAAGUGGCCAGAGCAAGGGAAAUAAGUCCCAAAAGGAUAAGGAUUCUGAUGAUGAUACAUGGGGGAAGGAGCCAUCGGAUCUUAUGUCCGAUCAAGAAGAUGGUGAUACGAGUGAUACUGAUUCAAGUGAAGAUAGUGAAAGUGAGACACAGCAGUUAGGAGUAUCAGCAUACAAGCGUCUUAUUGCCAUUCAUGCUGGGAAACCCAAGGGUGGAUUAAAGGAGGCACUAAAGGUUGAUCCUCAUAAAGUUAGACGCCUAAGUUUGAGCGAGCAAGCCCUUGAAAAGGCUACUGAAAAUCGUGGAACAGAUCUUAUCAGGUUUACCCAGAAAAAUGUCUUAAGGGUGUAUCCUAAAGGUACUCGUUUUACCUCUUCCAACUACAAGCCACUAGUUGGUUGGACACAUGGGGCUCAAAUGGUUGCAUUUAAUAUGCAGGGUUAUGGCAGAGCUCUUUGGCUGAUGCAUGGGAUGUUUAGGUCCAAUGGGAGAUGCGGUUUUGUGAAGAAACCUGAUUUCCUGAUGAAUGCGGGUCCACAUGGUGAAGUUUUUAAUCAUAAAACCAAAUUGCCUGUGAAAAAAACUUUAAAGGUGAAAGUGUAUAUGGGUGAUGGUUGGCAUUUGGAUUUCAAAAAGACACACUUCGACUCAUAUUCCCCACCUGAUUUCUACACCAGGGUUGGCAUUGCAGGAGUGCCAAGCGAUGUGAUCAUGAAGAGAACAAAAACAAUAGAGGACAAUUGGACACCUGUUUGGGGGGAAGAAUUUAUAUUUCAGUUGACUGUUCCUGAGCUAGCUUUACUACGAAUUGAAGUUCAUGAGUAUGACAUGUCUGAGAAGGAUGAUUUUGCUGGACAGACUUGUUUGCCUGUAUCUGAACUGAGACCAGGAAUCCGUGCAGUACCCCUCUUCGAUCGCAAGGGAGAGAAGUUAAACUCAGUGAGGCUUCUCAUGCACUUUGAGUUUGUCUAA